GUGUGUGUGUAUGAGUAAAGAGAUCAAAACCACGUCUGUAUCUCUUUACCACCACACACGUACUAUAUCUCUCCCUCUAUAUAUAUAUAUAUAUUCACAUCUGUUUCUUGAUCAUCUUUUUCUAUAAUCCCAAACCAGAAAUGAAGACAAGUAUCAACUCUCGUGAGGAAGAUGCACAACAAGAUUACCCCAACAAGCAAAACCCUAGUUAUUGUGAUCAUGUCGAACAAGAAGAUUCUGAUGAUGAUGAUGAUGAUGAAUCAGAAGAUGUUGACCACAGUUUCACUGGUCAAAGCCAACCCAAAAAUGGAUCAACAUCAAGCAACAGUACUGUUGAGGAGAUCAGUGAUAAGAAGGCUACCGGUUCGGUCACAGGAUCAGUUCGACCGUAUGUUCGCUCCAAGAACCCGAGGCUCAGGUGGACACCGGGUCUCCAUCUACGAUUUGUUCAAGCUAUUGAACGAUUGGGAGGUCAAGAAAGAGCAACACCUAAAUUAGUUCUUCAACUAAUGAAUAUCAAAGGCCUUAGUAUCUCUCAUGUCAAGAGCCAUCUUCAGAUGUAUAGGAGCAAGAAGAUCGAUGAUCCGAAUCAAGAACAAGGGCUUCUUAAUGAGGGUGAUGAUCACCAUAUUUUCCACCUUAGUCAACUUCCAAUGCUCCAAAGCUACAAUCAAAGGUCAAUUGAUAACUUUAGAUAUCAAGAUGGAUUGCGAAAUCCUCAAGGGAGCCCAAACUAUAACCCGAUUGUAGCCGGAUUAAAACACGGGGUUUAUGGUUCAACCGCGGAGAAAAUUUUCAACAUCAGGAGCGGUCAUUCAAGUUUCAACCAAGAUCAUGCUAGUUGGAAAAGCAUACAAAGCACGAAUAUAGAAGAAUCUCAACUGGGAGUAUUCAAGAAUCUCGAUGGAUUAACAAUGCUUAAUCAAAUUCAAAGAAAAAACGCUCGGAUGGACAUAAAUGUUACACUCGAAGAAGAUCCAGAGCAAGAGAAAAUGGCACUUAAAAGAAAGGAGCUUGAUCUUGAUCAUGAAUCCGAGCUUCUCGAUUUGAGUCUUUCAUUACAAAUGAAGAUCCCAAAGAAGGAUCAUACAAACAGUAAAAAGGGAAAAGAUGGUUUUAAUGAGAACAAUUUGUCUUUAUCUUUGUUUUCACCAAAUUAUGAUUCAUAUUCUAGUAGUAUUACAAGAUCAAAGCAUGCAAAAACAGUGGGUUGUAGCAGUGAAUCUCUUGAUCUGACUUUGUGAAAGAGACAAAGAUUAAGUGAGAUUUUGAAGGUACUUUUGUCCCAGAAAACAUUGCACAGAUUAUUGACUGUUGUUGUUAUACAUAUCAUGUGCAUGUGUGUGUGCAUGUGUCUAGUGAGUCUGCUAUUGUAUUAAUUAAAUGUUAUUACUGUUGUUAACCAGGGUGUACAUGUCAGAAUUUAUGUUUUUUAGGAUCUCAGUUAUCUUCCCAA